AUGCGCAAGGGUCCUGACGCCAAGGGGGGCGACAGCCCCGCAGCCCCGGAGGACCCUCCUGCCGCCGAGGACACACGCAGCCCCUCGCAGCCGGCGCUCCCUCAGCUCCCGCGCCGCCCGCAGCUGCUGGAUGAAGACGCCGGACCGGACGAGGAUGGAGCCGCGGCCGCAGAGGGCAGCGAUCCGGUCCGGGGGGACCCAGAACCCGCAUCUGCGUCGAGCGAGGCAGGACCCAUGCCCAAGGCCACCGGCGGCACCGUUCCGCCCAUCGGCUUCGUGGGCGAGCCCCCGCCCUACGCGCCGCCGGACCCCAAGGCAGUGGCGCUGCUCUACCCGCCCUUCCCGCAGGUGCCGGUGCUGUUCCAGCCCGCGCCGGGGCCCGCCGCACUCUACCCGCCGCCGCCUGGCCCGCUCUUCCCACCCGCCGCUGCUGCCGGAGCCUCCUUCCCCUUCCCGGCGUAUGGCAGCCCCAUGGCCGGUGGGCCUGGCCCCAUGCAGGUGGAGCACAGGCCUCUGCCCAAGGACUUCAUGAUGGAGUCGGUGCUGGUGACCCUGUUCUGUUGCCUGCUCACAGGGCUUAUUGCCAUUGUGUACUCCCAUGAGACUCGAGCAGCCCUGGGCAGGGGUGACUUGGCCCAGGCGGAGGAGGCUUCGAGGAAGGCCCGGUCACUUGUACUCUUCAGUCUGCUCUUCGGGGUCUUUGUGUCUACCAGCUGGGUCAUCUAUGUGGUGGUGGCCCUCUACCUCCCCUGAGUGAGGCCCAGGACUUGCAGGCCAGCUUAUUCCCUUUGUGUGGACCCUGAUGCCCAUUGGGGCUAGCUGUUGCUCAUACAGGGCAAAGGGGGGGGGGUGGGCUCAGAAACCCUGUCCAUGGGUGGUCCACUGAGGCUUUGGAUAGGAUCCUAAUCUGAGGGACACAGGCCUGAAAGUCUUCCUGGGCUGCCUGCCUUCACCUUUACUCCUGGAGAACACAGAAGACUAAACUCACCAUCUUCAGAGCCUUCCAGAGGACAUGGCCACCUCCAGCCUAGCUCAGGAUCUGGCUCUUGUCCUACUCGUCCUCCCUGGGAGAGUGGAGAGGGGUGCUUCUCCCCCUGGGAGUUCCUGCUUGGUCCUGCACCCUUGCCAUGCUGGGAGAGAUCAGGACUGCUGUGGUCAGUCAACAAGGAGUGACAGAAUUCCUGUCACCAUUUCAGAGGACACUGCUACUUUCUGUCUUCCAUUUGUGUGCAGCUGAGUCCCAGGUCCACUGCCUGCCCUUCUCCGAGCUGUCCGAGGCCCACACUUACACAGGAUGCCUCAUUCCCCGAGAGCCAUUUUUCUAUAAACAUCUCUCCUUACUGC